CGAGCGGCGACAUUGUAGUCUAGCCGCCACCACCACCAUCGCGCUACUCUAUCGAGCCACACAAAGCAGCAUCGAUUGUCACCGCACCAUCAUCAUCACUUCCACCCCCCAACACUCUCACCGUGUAUGCUCGAUCCCUCACAACAUCGUCUAGCCCCUUGUUCCGUUUCCCCUUCGCCCGCAUCCUCGUCGUUGGCUUAGCUCCGUCAGCUCCAGCUCCACGUCGACAAUGUCCAAGAGACUGCCUGGAGGCGGACAUCACCUGCAUUCAGGACCAGGUGGAUCGCCAUUCCCGCCACUUGGUCUAGCAGCCUCAGGAGCAGCCAAUCUGGCAAGAGGGCCGCCGAAUGGCAGCACCAGCGGCAGCAACGAAGCUAGCGACUCAGCAGCAGCAUUUCACCAUGGAGCGUCGCAUCGUCAUGGGCGACGAGAUGGUGGUGGAGCAGCAUCACAACGCGAAGGCUUGCCGCCGGCUCCGUCAAAGGUGGAUACGGUGGCUGCUCAGCAAUGUCGACUUCAAGACGCCUAUUGGUCGGAUGACGAGGAAGACCUCGAGUGUCCGCUCUGUCUCGAGGAGAUCGACUUGAGUGAUGCCAACUUCAAGCCAUGUCCUUGUGGCUACCAGAUCUGCCGCUUCUGCUGGCACCACAUCAAGCAGAAUCUCAAUGGCCGAUGUCCAGCAUGUAGGAGAAAAUACUCGGAUCAAGCAGUCGAAUUCAAGCCAAUGAGCCAGGACGAGAUCAAACGCCUUACGCACGCCAAGAAGCAGAAGGAAAAGGAAAAGAAGGAGCUCGAGAAUAUGAAUCGAAAGCAUCUCGCCAACAUGCGGGUGGUGCAGAAGAAUCUCGUCUACGUGGUGGGACUGAGCUCCAAGCUGGCAAAGGAGGAGCUCAUCCCGACGCUGAGGAGCAACGAGUACUUUGGCCAGUACGGCCGAAUCUCCAAGAUCCUCAUUUCAAAGCGGACCACGGCCUCGAAGCUGGUCAUGGGGACGAGCGAGUCCAACAUCGGCGUCUACGUCACAUAUCACCGCAAGGAGGACGCAGCUCGAGCGAUCGUCGCCAUCGACGGCAGCAAAGGGCAAGACGGUAAGAUCAUGCGUGCGAGCUACGGCACUACCAAGUACUGCACCACGUAUCUCCGCAAUCUGCCUUGCACCAACCCAGCAUGCACAUACCUCCACGAGCCAGGCGAAGAGGCAGACAGCUUCACAAAGGAAGACCUUAGCACAUUGCGCCAUGCAGCUCGCGAUCUUGAGAACAAGGGGGCCGCAAGCAAGGUGUCGGCGGCAGCAGCGGCGGCCUCAGUUGCUUCUCCCUCGCCUGCUCCUUCAUCCGCUCUCGCUGCCCUCUCGUCAACAUCCAUUGCAUCACCUGCCGCGGAUGAGCCAUCCGCUCUGCCCAAGACGGCAAGCUGGGCUUCGGGCAAGCCGGCGGGAACCCCUUCGACGCCGACAGCUAUUAUUACUGGGCUGCCGGCUGCAUUCAAAGACUCAGACAUGCCUCCCCUCUCUGCAUCGAGGAAGGCAAGCACGCCCAAGGUCCCGACUGUGAAGAACAACGGGGGUGGAGCAUCAGCGUCGAUACCGACUGGUCCGAGAGCAGCUACGAAAGCAGCAGCAGCCGCGGCGGCGUCGACGGCUUCUGCGGCAUCCACUGCAGCAGCGACGGUCACGUCUGCGGCGACGUCAGCAGCCUCGAACCUCGUAUCGGCAGCGGUGAGCGACAACAAUGGCAGCGCGGCCUCUCCUGCCCCGCCACCUCCCCCCGGUCUUACCAAGACGGCAAGCAGUGCCAGCCUGCGCUCCCCGAAGCCGACAUCAGCAGAGGAAGCUUCUCCGCCUACGCCGUCCACUCCUUCGCAGCAGCCCGCGCAACCUCCCCCGUCGGCGCCCCCAGGUCUAGCAAGACCGCCCGGCUUAGCCUCUACCCCGACUCACUCUGCGUCUUACCAACCGUCAGCAUCCGCACAAGCUCUCCUCGACGACCUUCGUGCGCGGCGCGAAGCCGAGGCGGAGCGCGAUCAGCCUGCGCCCUCUCCCUUCCCCGACUUUGACUACACGCUCAGUCGCUUCAACGAUGGGUCCGAGUUCAGCUUCAACUUUCCGGGACUGCCGCAAGCGCAGGCGGCCAGCUCCUCGUCCGGCGCUCUCGCUGCCUUCGUUCCCCUCGGCGUUUCCAAGGCGAGCUUGUUCGGUAACGGAACAACUGGGGAUGGGGCAGAUCAAGCUGCUUCCUCCCCUUCCCUUGGCGCUUCGUCCGCUACUACGACUCCUUCCUACUCCGGAUCGUUCGACCCCUUUUCCGACUCGGAGAUUACGAUCGGCGGAGUGGGGGCCAGUGAGACGCCGACGACAUUCAAGGCUCUGGAUGAGAUGCGGGGCAACCUCUCUGACUCGAGAAGUAGCAGUGACGGGAGCGGCACAGGUACGGGUACAGGAGCGGGACAGUCCACUUCCUCGCCCUCGUCUUCUGCGCCUACUGCGAGCCGUUUCGACUUUGCCAAGCAGCAAGCGAGGGAGCCUUCGCCUCUUGCGGCUGGCGCGGGUUCGUACGGGAAUAAUGCGGAGGGGGGACCGCUCAAUUUGAGCAGUAAAGACGUCUCCGGAAUUCUAGGCGGGAUGUUCGAUCACGAAGUCGGUCACGAUGGGCACGACGGAAUGGGUGGUCAGCACCAGCAUCAGCAGCACUAUUCCCAUUACUCCCACCAAGCGCAUCCCGCCGGACUUCAGCACCACGCAAUGCCGCACCGCGCCCCCUCCCGUGCCGCCACGCAGGCGCAAGCACAAGCUGCUCAGCAAGCUCAUGUACAGCGUCACGCCGUACCUCACAGCUCUCUGCUCGGCCCGCAAGGAGGGCAGCAGCGUUGGUCCCAGCAGGGCACGCCCAUGGCUACUACCCCAUCCUCUGAGCCGCUACUGGCGCAGAUCAUGGCCGCCGCGGGUGGAGUGAGGCGCAAUGCUGAGCAGAUGCCCCAGCAGGGUCACCACUUUGGCGGCGGACCGGCGCCCAGGGGUUGGCAUGGCCAACAGGCGCAGCAGCCCCAAGGUGGUAAUGGCGGUGGUAGUAGCGGAGGGUCUGGCUUCCGUAGCGCCUACCCAGCCAUGUCGUAGCGGUCGUUUCAAGCUGGUGUUUGGUCGCCUUCCUGCUUUCGUUCUUUCUCGUCUUGUCUCUGCCUCUACUCACCCUACUCACGUGUUUCACGGUUUCACACACAACCACAUACAAUGACAAUCAGCCAGUUCCUGACGACGAUGGCGAUGCGCUAUGAUGUUU